CAUGACCUUUUCCCUUGGCAACCACUUCCUCCGAGCAUCAACGGCCAUCUUUAAUUUUAACUCAUUCAUGAAAAGUUGUUUCCUUGUCAAACACGCCGAGCGACACAUUUGCGCACAAAGCGGCGUCACCGGCGCCGUGUGCAUGCGGUUCCUCAGCGAAGAGAGCAGAGCAGAGCAGAGCAGCGCCGCAGCAAGCUGUCCGCGGAGAUCAAGUAAACACCGAAAGCGAUGAGAAAGAAGCAGACUGCCAAACAGAGGAAGACUGAGGAGACUACAGUUGUCCAAGAGUUUGUGGUUGAAAAAAUAAUCCGCCGCAGAAUCUUUAAUGGAAGGGUGGAGUACUUCCUGAAGUGGAAAGGCUUCACAGAUGCAGAAAAUACAUGGGAGCCCGAGGACAAUCUGGACUGUCCGGAGCUCAUUGAGGAGUUCCUGAGAAACGCACACCUCUCAGAGGAGAAUGUGGAAGAGCAGACUGAGCAAGAGUUAAUUCCCAAAGAAGAAAUGACAGAGCAAGAGACGGAAAUUUCCUGUGUGCAGGCUCACGCUGUGCAGGACGACGGCAGCGUCCUCCAGCCAGAUGAUGAGCAGUUGGACGCCCCCACUGACCUCAGCACUUACCUCGAGCCUGAAUGCAUCAUCGGCUCCACGGACAGAAAGGGAGAGCUCAUGUUCCUCGUCAAAUGGAAGAACUCUGAUGACGUGGCCCUGCUGCCGGCCCGCGAAGCCAGCGCCAGAUGUCCUCAGGUGGUCAUCGACUUCUACGAGAAGAAGCUGACCUGGCACUGCGGGGACGAGGAGCAGUGAGGCGUGCGCGGGUCCGUCUGCGGGAGGAGAGCCGGCGCGCGGCUGCGCUCUCACCUGAAGCUUAGUUUAACCUCCAUCAAGUGUCCUCCUUCAGCUGACAUUAGAGGCGCACAGUGUGAAUUCACAUCCCGCCGCAGGUAGAGUUUCAGACUCUUGACAGGUGCAAGAUCCUCAGCGGGGGCGGAUUUGAAGUGCUCUCGGCCCCGUGGUGCUCAGUAAGGACACGGAGGUGGAGGCUGAAACUACGCUUUGUGUGAAGUCAAACUAACCUGUUGCAGCGUCUUUUGUUUUUUUUUUUUUGUCAUGUAGCAGACUCAAUCACUGUGGACGUGUUUUGUUUUGAAAGAAAAUGUAUUUAUAGUCCUGUUAAACUGCAAGUGUCUGUCACUGGGAAGGGUCCUUAGUAGUUUCACGCGCUGCUUUGAAUCUUUUAAAGCAGCGCUGUGUUAGCAGAUUGAGAGUAACUCCUGUCAAGUCUGUACCUUCCGGCCAUGUAGCUUUUAUUUAGGGCUAAACAACGUUGACUUGUUCUUUAAACUCCUGUUGUUUUGAACAUGUACUGUGUGCAAGGUGUUUAUAGUCAUGGCUUUUAUUGUGUUUGCUGUAUCUCUGUGUGGCCCUCGAGGUUGCUGUAAAAGAAAGAAAAAAAAAAAAAAAAAAAAAAAAAAAACUGAAAAUUCCCAUAUUUUGAAUCAACUGCUGUGUUCCAGACGUUCUCAACCCUUUUUACUCAAUUAAUGACUUAGCUUUUUAAUUAUUAGGUUCUCAAAGUGAAGUCCUGGUAGAAUCAUUCAAUAGGUCAUCGUAUUUCUUGAGUAAAACUGUUGAGAUAGUUGAAAAUGAACUGUUGUGCACCUGUAGCGGGUGAGACGAUUGUUAAAUGUAGCACUUUAGAUUUGUGGCUGUCCAUUUACUUGAUACCUGCAUCCUGGCAGCACUGUUCUGACUCGACAUAUCUCCCAUGACUGUUAUGGGACACUCAGCUGAAACUUAAAAAAAAAACACACCUUCUACUGAACUACUGUAACUUUUGACCAUGAAUCUGUGAAGUCUGUGAAUAAAACGAACCUUUUGUGACAA